UGCUGAUCUAUUCACGGGACACACAGGAGAAGAAUAGAAGCCUGCUUUCUGCGAGUCUGCGACCACUUUUGGAAGUAGGCUAAAGUAACACGAUUCCUCUGUACUCUCGUAGGAUUAAGGAAUGCAUGCAAAAUGAACUGAAUAUGAGGUCUUCUUCUGGACACAUUCGAUAUUGCAUCAACAUAUUUUUGGGUUUUGUAUUGUAUAAAGUGUGGGUCGGGGGAAACGUCGCUGCUUUCUCGGUUAUUUUAAGGUGACAAAGUCAUGAGAUCCUCAUCUUCACGCUUGUCAAGUUUUUCGUCAAAAGAUUCUUUAUGGAACCGGAUGCCGGAUCAGAUCUCCGUAUCCGAGUUUCUUUCGGAGACCACGGAGGAUUAUAACUCCCCCACGACGUCCAGCUUCACGACCCGCCUGCAGAGCUGUCGGAAUACCGUCAACGUUUUGGAAGAGGCUUUGGAUCAGGACCGGACAGCAUUGCAGAAGGUGAAGAAAUCCGUCAAAGCUAUCUACAAUUCAGGUCAAGACCACGUCCAGAAUGAAGAGAACUAUGUUCAAGCACUGGACAAGUUUGGCAGCAACUUCAUCAGCCGGGACAACCCUGACCUGGGCACAGCCUUUGUCAAAUUCUCCACCCUCACCAAGGAGCUCUCUGCUCUGCUCAAGAACCUGCUCCAGAGCCUGAGCCACAAUGUGAUCUUCACCCUGGAUUCCCUGCUGAAGGGAGACCUGAAAGGAGUCAAAGGGGAUAUAAAGAAGCCAUUUGACAAGGCAUGGAAGGAUUAUGAAGCCAAAUUCACUAAGAUUGAGAAGGAAAAGCGCGAGCACGCCAAGCAACACGGCAUGAUCCGCACGGAGAUCACUGGGGCCGAGAUCGCCGAGGAGAUGGAGAAGGAGCGCCGGCUCUUUCAACUGCAGAUGUGUGAGUACCUGAUCAAAGUUAAUGAGAUCAAGACCAAGAAGGGAGUGGAUCUUCUUCAGAACCUAAUAAAGUAUUACCAUGCACAAUGCAACUUUUUCCAAGAUGGCUUGAAAACUGCAGACAAGCUCAAGCAGUAUAUAGAGAAGUUGGCUGCUGACCUGUACAAUAUAAAACAGACACAGGAUGAGGAAAAGAAGCAGCUGACGGCUCUUCGGGACCUAAUUAAGUCUUCUCUUCAACUGGACCAGAAAGAGUCCAGGAGAGACUCUCAGAGCAAGCAGGGUGGAUACAGCAUGCACCAGCUCCAGGGAAACAAGGAGUUCGGCAGUGAGAAGAAAGGCUAUCUGAUGAAGAAGAGUGAUGGGUUGCGGAAAGUGUGGCAGCGGAGGAAGUGUUCAGUGAAGAAUGGCAUCCUCACCAUCUCGCAUGCCACGUCCAACAGGCAACCAGUGAAGCUCAACCUGCUCACCUGCCAGGUGAAGCCCAGCGGAGAGGACAAGAAGUGCUUCGACCUCAUUUCUCAUAAUCGAACGUACCACUUCCAGGCCGAAGACGAACAGGAGUUUGUGAUCUGGAUCUCGGUGCUGACCAACAGUAAGGAGGAGGCCCUGAACAUGGCUUUCCGCGGAGAGCAGAGCACUGGGGAGGACAGCCUGGAGGACCUGACCAAAGCCAUCAUCGACGACGUGCUGCGCACGCCUGGCAACGAGGCCUGCUGCGACUGCGGGGCUGCUGAUCCCAAAUGGCUGUCCACAAAUCUAGGAAUUUUAACAUGCAUUGAGUGUUCAGGCAUCCACAGGGAAAUGGGGGUGCAUAUUUCACGAAUCCAGUCCAUGGAGUUAGAUAAAUUAGGAACUUCUGAACUCUUGCUGGCCAAGAAUGUAGGAAACAGUAGUUUUAAUGAUAUUAUGGAAGGGAACCUUCCUUUCCCUUCACCAAAGCCCACUCCAUCAAGUGAUAUGACAGUGAGGAAGGAGUUCAUCAACGCCAAGUAUGUGGACCACAAAUUUACCCGUAAGACCUGCACAUCCGCGGCCGCCAAGAUGAGUGAGCUGUACGAAGCUGUGAAGUCCAGGGACCUACUUGCACUAAUCCAGGUCUAUGCCGAGGGGGUGGAGCUUAUGGAACCACUGCCCGAAACAGGCCAGGAGCCAGGAGAGACGGCGCUCCACUAUGCGGUGCGGACUGCGGACCAGACCUCACUGCACCUGGUUGACUUCCUUGUGCAGAACAGCGGCAAUCUGGACAAGCAGACGGAGAAGGGCAACACGGCGCUGCACUACUGCUGCAUGUACGAGAAGCACGAAUGCCUGAAGCUGCUUCUCAGGGGCAAGCCGGCGACCGACAUCACCAAUCAUAAUGGAGAGACAGCACUGGAUGUUGCCAGGAGGCUGAGGAACACCCAGUGUGAAGAACCACUGAUGCAGGCGGCGAAUGGGAAGUUCAACCCUCAUGUGCACGUGGAGUACGAUUGGUGCCUGCGCCUGGAGGAGAUCGACGAGAGCGACGAUGACCUGGACGAUAAGCCCAGCCCCAUUAAGAAGGAGCGCUCGCCCCGGCCCCAGAGUUUCUGCCACUCCUCCAGCCUCUCGCCCCAGGAGAAGCUGUCCCUUCCUGGGUUCCUCGGGCUCCGCGACAAGCAGCGCCUCUCCUACCAGAUGUACAGCGCCUCCACCGACUCGCCCACCUCGCCCGUCAUCGACGCCCCGCCCCUGCCCCCCAGGAACAUCGGCAAAGCUCCCUCCACUGGCCCUUCCUCCACCCUCCCCCUGGGUUCACAGCCCCCUGGGGGCUCCAACCUGUCUAAGAAGAGGCCACCGCCCCCUCCCCCCGGACACAAACGCACCCUGUCUGACCCGCCCAACCCUCUACCUCACGGUCCACAGAGUAAAGGUGUGAUAACUUGGGGAAGUGACUCCACUCCAGUCUCUGUGAAUAAGACCUCAUUCGCAGCAAACAAGUUUGAAGGCAUUCCACAUCAGCUAAGCACUACUUCUUGUUCCGCCAAAUCUACAUUUGGUCCAAGGGUCCUUCCCAAACUACCUCAAAAAGUGGCACUACGGAAGAUUGACACCAUCCAUCAUCCCUCCAUAGACAAGCCCAGUCAGCCCCCUGAGUUGUUUCAGAAAUCCCUCCAGACUACUGAGACUCCUCACAAGGCUCCACUUCCAGAAAAGCCUAACCUGGGAGACUUGCCACCAAAGCCCCAGGUCUCAGACUUACCCCCAAAGCCGGGAGAAUUGCCACCCAAACCCCAGCUGUCUGACCUUCCCCCGAAACCCCAGCUCGGGGACCUUCCCCCCAAGCCUCAAAUCAAGGACCUCCCCCCUAAGCCCCAACUCUCGGACAUUCCACCUAAGCCACCAGUGGCCGACCCCAUCCAGAGGCCGCCCGCCGGGGAGGUAACACCGAAACAGCACCCCCCUGACGCAUUAGCCUCCACCCAGCAGGGGGAGCUGGUACCCAAACAGCCCAGUGAGGACACCAAUGGCACCCCACCCAGUGCCUCUGAGAUGCCUGUUCCACUGCCCAGGAAAAUCAAUACAGGGAAGAACAAAGUGAGGCGGGUGAAGACCAUCUAUGACUGCCAGGCGGACAACGACGACGAGCUCACUUUCGUGGAGGGAGAGGUGAUCAUCGUCACAGGAGAGGAGGACCAGGAGUGGUGGAUUGGACACAUUGAAGGGGACCCGGAGAGGAAGGGGGUGUUCCCCAUGUCUUUUGUGCACAUUCUGUCUGACUGACUGGAGGACGGACAGGUGUGAGGCCCCUCCUUCCUGCACAAGCUCCGCCCCUCUGGCCUCACACACCGUUGAGGGCACAGCCUCUGUACAUAGCUGCUGUUACAGCCAGAAGCAAAAUGGACACAAAACAAGGAAGAACCCUAUGUGGGUUCAUCUCUGCUUAGGGAUGAAUUACAUAUGUAUUGUAAAUAAAUGGUGUUAUCCUGCCUUUACCAGUAUUAUCAUAGCCUGGACCCUGGGACCUGGCACAUCUUACUGGGUUUGCUGUAGCCAUCCUCGGAGUCUAGCACUUAACAUCUUAGUCUAUGCUGUCACUAUAUGUGCGUGUAUAUACAUUGUAUGUGCAUAUGUAUGUGUAUAUAUAUGUGCACACUUCAGUACAUAUACAUACAUGUAUGUGUGUAUACACGUGUUUAUACAUACAGUUACCUCUGGUGGUUUAUUUUUAAGGCAAACUUGUUCAAAUCAUAUCCGUAUUAGCUUAACUGUGUAUUGGUGAUAUCGCCUCUUCUAUUCCUAGAAACAAUUCCUUUGCAAGUUCAGGAGAGCAAAUAAACAAGGAAUAGAUUAUUUAAUCAAUCCUCCACUUCUCUCCCUGUGGAGGUUGUGCUGCACAGAAAAGACAAUGCAACAACAAAGCCAGUGUAAAUGUUUUUUGUUUUUUUUAAGCUAAGUACAAAUGCACGUCCAAGGAUGAAAUAUGUAUUCAUUAAACAGAUUCCUUAAACUUGCUUGCUUACCAUUAGAAGAGUUGUAUAGUUUGUUAUCUGUAUGUUCCUAUGGCAGGCGACAGCAAUCAACCGUAAUCUGGCAGGUGUCCUUCAAGUAUCGGAAGCUGCAAAGGGCCGUGUCUCCCCAGUAGUCAUGCAGGAGUUGCACUGGAAAAGCCCUGCCUGACCAGAGAUGAACCGCGAAUAGUAUUUUUCUCAUAAUCAUCCCCCAUACCAGUAGCAGUAGUGGUGCUGUUCUUAUAAGUGUCUACAUAAUUUUAUUUGCUAAUGUUUUUUCAACUUUAUUGUCAAAACUGGGACCACAACCCAAGGAAGCAACUGCUGUCUCCUGGGAGAAUUGGGGGGGGGGGGGGGGGGGGGGGGGUUACUUGGUACGUUCCACUGAGGUCUCUCCUGACAGACGAAUGAAGGCAUGGGACCCUGACAGCACCCCACCCCCCAACCUUUCAUGCAGUCUUGGACCAGUCCUUGGGGCCAUCCUGACAUGCUAGAUGCUUUGAGCUGUCUGUGGACAUGCACAAAACACAGACAUUGAGAAACACAAUCCCAGCAUGCAGUCUUCUGCUUAAGGUUCAACACCUCAUUAACAUUUGUGAUAUAUCAAACUGUGGAGUUAUUUUUCAUUUUUCUUUUCUCCUGGAGAUGUCUGGAGUGACCGAUGAAGGUAUUAACAUGAAUCAGACUCUCACCGUGCCUCUUUAGUCAUUGUGUUAUGUUUAACAGUGCAGGGAGAGGAGGAAUUUGCAUUAGAUAUUAAGUCUUUAAUGUAUUAACAAGAGACAAUGUAUUACUAUAUGAAUGCUUCCUGUAGUAUAUUUGAAGUUCAUGGUCAGAUACAUUUUCAGUCAUAUAUAUAUAUAUAUAUAUAUAUAUAUAUGCAUCAUGUAAUAUACAUACGUACAGUCACACAUACAUAUCUGUGUGUGUGUCUGUGUGUAUGUAAAUUCAUCUGCAAGUGUGACAGCUCAUUUAUCCAAGUAUUGGAAAUCAUUGUUAAGUAGAAUGUGAUUUGUCCAGUAGUUGUAACAAGAGCUUGACAGCAUACAUUCAAUACAAAAUCUUUAAGUUCUUUUUUUUAAAUGCAGUUCAGGACUACACAAGUCUCUGAUUUACAGUUUGUGUAGAUGUUUAGAUUUGGCCUGCAUUGAGACGUGAACAAGAGUGCAAUUGUAGUUUAGUGAAUAUUUAUUUCAUCCAGAAUUUGAGGCGGUCAAGGGGAGUAAAAAAAAAAAAAGUGUUCACAUGGUCACCUGUUUCAUGUAAAAUUCUGCACAAAGUGAUCUUUUACAUGCCUCUGAAUAUGCUUAUAAAUGGCAUUGCCGUUCCUAUUUUUACAUAUUUAAUUGUGAGAAAUAACUGGACAUAGAUGUAAACCUUAGUUUUGAUUUCCCAUCCCUUCACUCACCCCAGUUCCUGUGUUUUAGUUCUGUUAGAAGUUAGGCGUUCCACCCAGUCAUUCCAUUUUUAUCAAUUAAAGGUUUUACAUUGGAAAA